AUGGCCGCAGCCUGGGGGGCAGUCUUUUCCAUGCUGGUGGCGUCCUGUGUCUGCACCACUGUCUUCCACAGAGAGCAGCAGACUUGGUUUGAGGGUGUCUUCCUGUCUUCCAUGUGUCCCAUCAAUGCCAGUGACAACACAUUAUAUGGAAUUAUGUUUGAUGCAGGGAGUACUGGAACCCGAAUCCACAUUUACACCUUUGUGCAGAAAGCAGCAGGGCAGCUUCCAAUUCUAGAAGGGGAAAUUUUUGAAUCUGUGAAACCAGGACUGUCUGCUUUUGCAGAUCAGCCUAAGCAGGGUGCUGAGACCGUUCAAGGACUCUUAGAUAUAGCCAAAGCCUCAAUUCCCCCAAGUCACUGGAAACAGACUCCUGUAGUCCUCAAGGCAACAGCGGGACUUCGCUUACUGCCAGAACAGAAAGCCCAUGAUCUUCUCUUUGAGGUAAAAGAGAUCUUCAAGAAGUCACCUUUCCUAGUACCAGAUGACAGUGUUAGCAUCAUGGAUGGAUCCUAUGAAGGAAUUCUAGCGUGGGUCACUGUGAACUUUCUGACAGGACAGUUGCAUGGUCAUAGCCAGGAGACUGUGGGGACCUUGGACCUGGGGGGGGCCUCCACCCAAAUCACGUUCCUACCCCAGUUUGAGAAAACCCUGGAACAAACCCCUAGGGACUACCUCACGUCCUUUGAGAUGUUUAACAGCACAUAUAAACUCUAUACACACAGUUACUUGGGAUUUGGAUUGAAAGCUGCAAGACUAGCAACCCUGGGAGCCCUGGAGACAGAAGGAACUGAUGGGCAUACAUUCCGAAGUGCUUGUCUGCCAAGGUGGUUAGAAGCAGAGUGGAUAUUUGGGGGUGUGAAGUACCAGUAUGGUGGCAACCAAGAAGCAGGAGAGACGGGCUUUGAGCCCUGCUAUGCUGAAGUGCUGAGGGUGGUCCAAGGCAAACUUCACCAGCCAGAUGAGGUCCAGAGAAGCUCCUUCUAUGCCUUCUCUUACUAUUAUGAUCGAGCUGUUGAUACAGACAUGAUUGAUUAUGAAAAGGGGGGUGUUUUAAAAGUUGAAGAUUUUGAAAGAAAAGCCAGGGAAGUGUGUGACAACUUGGAAAACUUCACUUCAGGCAGUCCUUUCCUGUGCAUGGAUCUCAGUUACAUCACAGCCUUGCUGAAGGAUGGCUUCGGCUUUGCAGACAACACUGUUUUGCAGCUCACAAAGAAAGUGAACAACAUAGAGACAGGCUGGGCCUUGGGGGCCACCUUUCACCUGCUGCAGUCUUUGGGCAUCUCCCACUGAGGCCAAGCCUUCCUCUGAGGUCUGCACUUGCCAAGCCUUCUGAAGAAGAGAAGACACUCACAUUCCGAGCUUGGGUGGGAGCAGCCUAGGCUGAAGCCCAGCUGCUGGCUUCCACAGAAGAAUGCACUUUUGUAGAGAGGUCCUGCAAUGAAUCUACAGAUUUGGGUUUUAUUAAUUUUGUCCAUCUAAUGUGAACUGUUACCUAAUCACUCUGUGGGUACAACUGGCGCCAGAGUCUAAAUCUUUGAGAUUCCCUGUGUGUCACAGAGAACCAAGAGGAAUAGCUUUGGAACUUAACCUUGGAAAGCCCAGGGACAAGCCCCUGGGAACCAAAGAAAAUCUUUAACCUUUGAGUGCCUCAUUUUUCUAAAUUUUUUGUUCUUAUAUGCUAAAUUAAGCUGAGUGAAAUCCCAUAAACUAUCAAUACUAGUAUUUUCUCUCCCUACACACUACCCUGCCCAGCCCUUAUCUCCAACCAUCUUACCUAAAUGAGAAAAGUUUUAUUCAUUUAUAAUUCAGUGAGAAAAAAAAAAAAAAAGAUGCCAUGUCUGAAACUGUGAUCCUCCUUUGUGUUGGCUCUUAGCCUAAGUUUUAAUAGGCUAGAGAGUGACUCCUAGCUGUAUAGUAUAGAUGCCAGUCUUAGGAAGGAGACCAUCUAGCCUCUAGGGGUCUACUUGGAGGGGGUGGUUGUCUCAUGAGUGUCUGUGUGUGUGUGUGCGCCUUUUUUUGUCUUUUUCCCCACCCUUCUCAUUUUCAGAGGGCGAGAGAGAUGCACCUCGGCACCACUACACCAUUCGUGAAGCUUCCCCUGGUGUAGGUGCUUCCAUGUGGUGCUGGGGACCCCAGCGCAGGCAUGGUAAAGGAUACACUUCACUGGCCCCUAGACCACUUUCUUUUAAUCACAUUUUUGUCAAGCAUGAUUGUUAACAAAUACAACCUUAUAGGAGUGUAUAGGUAUUCAGUGCUGGUGCACCCCCACACACAGACACCCACCCAUCCACCAGUAUGUCUCUAGAAUUUGGCAUCCUAGACUUGUUUUUGUCUCUGAGUAACCUAUCUCUACCUUAGCUUUUGGUCUGUGAUGAGAAACUUGUGCUUGUGCUAUUCAAAGAUCUGAAUUUUGGUCACAGUCCCUUUCAGUUUGUCCUUUUAUUCUGUUCACAAUAGCAGCUUUUCCUGCCCUCCUGUUCAUUUAUCUGGCAUUCUCUGGGGGGGGGGGGUGUGAUUUUUUUUUUUUUGCCUAGUUCCAAGGUUAACAGCACCCUUUUUGAUGAUACCUAACAACUGUUUUGUUUUGUUUUUUCUCUUUAGAGACAGAGCUUUUUUGCAAUGUGGUGGUGACCAGGCUUGAACUUCAGUUCUGCACAUAGCAAAACAGUGCACUACCCAAUGAGCUAUCAGUAUUUCCCUGCUCCCCUUGGUUAGCCAUUUUAGCCCACAUUAGUGCGAUAGGUUAAUUCUCUUUGAAUUUGAGUGCUGGAGCUCUUGAUGUCACUUACUUCCCCUAAGAUUCAUUCUCUUGUUUACUUCCUAUGUGACCAUCAUCUUCUUCACCCAGGCAAGUGCACUUGGAGCGGGAGGUUCCUUGGAGCCUUGCUCCCCUGACCUUCAGCUUCUUUCUAGCCAUCUGUAGCUUCCUAAACUAGCUCUCAGAAUAGACUUUAUCUCUGUUGUCUCACAGAGAGUAUUAAUUAUACCUGGGCCCCACGUGUAUUCUUUGGGAAGCUUACUUUUUAAAGUUAUUCCAUUGGGUCAAAGACUAUUAUGCAUCUCAUAUGCUCAAGUAAUUAGGCAAAUUUCUAUAUACUCACCACCCCCAACAAAUUUUAGUUAGCUUCUAGACCCUUAAAACAUCUUUGUCAAAAAGCUAGGAUAUAAGAACCAGUCCUAAUAUACUAAAUGUUGCCCCACAUGUUUAGAAAAAGACUUGUUGCCUCCAAUAGAAAUCAAAGUUAUCCCAAGAAAAAAAAUCUGUGUUGACUAAAGAUUCCUCCAACUUGACAAGUAUAGAGGUAAAUUUCCCUAGUGAUUAUCAGAUUGUGUCUGAAGCUUUUCUGACAAAUAGGGGCCAUGUGUUGUUCACCACUCCUUAGGUAAUCCCAAAUACCUUCAGAACUCUUGAGUAUAUAUGCAUCAACUCCAGAAAUGUAUUUGUAUGUAGUCUGACGUCAGAACUUCUGAAGAAUUAGCCAAUGUAUUAAUUCUAGGAGAAAUUUGAAGAAUUUCUACUCUUCAGAAAGAAACUUUCAUCUAUCUUUGUUGCCCAUUUGUGUCCCUAUGGGGAAUUAUAUUAAGGGGUUUACAGAGAUUCUAUUACCAGUUAAGUGUAACUGGAAAUGUGUCCAUGUAUUUCAAAUACUUAGGACAUCACUUGGGAUAUGGGGAAUGUUGGGUAUCAUUAUCAGAUGAAAAAUGUCAUCUGUGGGUCAUGGAGGGCCUUGUAAGGAGUGCCUAAAAUUUCUUCCUAUCUUGCCUGAUUUUGUUUGAAAACUUUGGAGAGCUCAUGUUUCCUUUAUCUGAGUUGGGUGGUUUUUUUUGAAAGAUGACAAUUACUUUUUUGGGGGGAGGACUCUGCUAAUAAUUGUACAGCUUUUCACAGCAGCUACCUUUCUUUAUUCUGGGUAUGUUUGGGGGGGGACUCUGCUAGUAAUCGUACAGCUUUUCACAGCAGCUACCUUUCUUUAUUCUGGGUAUGUUUGGGGGGGGGGGACUCUGCUAGUAAUCGUACAGCUUUUCACAGCAGCUACCUUUCUUUAUUCUGGGUAUGUUUGGGGGGGGGGACUCUGCUAGUAAUCGUACAGCUUUUCACAGCAGCUACCUUUCUUUAUUCUGGGUAUGUUUGGGGGGGGGGACUCUGCUAGUAAUCGUACAGCUUUUCACAGCAGCUACCUUUCUUUAUUCUGGGUAUGUUUUUUCCUGAGGUUUUAGGAAGGUUUGUGAUAUUUUUACUUUUUUUUUUUUUUUUAUUAUACUAAUGAAUUUUCUGUAUUUACUUGAAGUGCUCCCUAUGCUAACAAAACUUUGAUACCUACAAAAAUUAUGCCCCUAAGUAGAUUAUUCUGAUUUAAAGGCUAUUUCUUCUCAUCUUCAAAGCAAAGUAAAUCUAACGAGUCCAAAAAUCUCUUUAUAAGGCAUUUCUGGUAGUUUGAAGUGAUUUAAGAACUCAUAUAAAGACACCACCACCCCCUAGUUGGCCAUGAGUCUGCUAUGAAAAAAAAAUCUGCUGCUAAUCGUAUUUUCCCCUUGAUCUGGAUCCUUAGGCUUAAAACCUGUGCAAUAGUUAUUUAUUGUUAUAUUACUGAACAGAUGACGGUGUCCCAGAAAGGAGCCAUAAGUAAAACCGAAAUGUACUGUGAAGAGGAAGAAGUAAUAAUUACCAUUAGUAAGAUUUAGUUUUCUUUUGGAAAGUCCAGUCUACCUAUAACAUAGGUUAUAGAACCAUUUGUUUAAACUGCAUUCUCUAGUGUUAAUUCUAAAACAGUGAUUAUUAUAACUAAAAUGCAUUGAGUCUUUGAUUGUUGUCUUUAUAAAAAAAAACCUAUAAUUUUAUGACCAGCAUUAAAAACCAACUGUCUAAAUCUGUUAGAAAAGUUGUUGACAAAUGAAAAUGAAUUAGACAGUACUUGAGUAAUUUGUGUUUUAGAAAUUAAAAGCUCUUUUCAACCAAA